GGAAUCACUGUGAUGAACUUGCUCGCCGAACAAUUACACUACCAGUACUGUACAGAAUUGUAGUGAGUGCUGCAUGCCAAAGGAAUAUUGGAAUAUCGUGGAAACAGGAAUUAAAUUCAUUGUCAGUCCUUCAGAGUAGCAUGGAAGCAAAGAAAAUCUGUUUUAGUUUUGUGAUAUUGGAACUGUCAAUAUAUUUUGUUGAUACUCUGCAAAUAAGUCACACCUCUUCAAAAGUUGGUCAGUCUUCUGUUAUUCAGUGCACAAGUGACAAUGGUAAUAAUAUGGACUGGGUUGUAGAUGGCAGUACCGUUACAUCAUGCUCUGGAACUACCCCCAACAAUUGUGUGCCUCCUUGUGCUGAGUGCUCAUCAGUCAUAGGCAGUCCAGCAGCUACCUUUUCAUACACUAUAAGUUCUGUUGGAUACACUCACUGUAUAAAAUAUGGAUGUCAAGAAGAUACCACUGGAUUGCUGUCUGAAUUUUCACUAGAAGUAACAGACUUUAGUGUAGAUAAUUCAACUGCUGUUUUGAAUCCACAAGAACCUACUGCAAACACGGAUGGAAAUGUCAGUAUUACAACACCUUGCAUAUUUCCUACAAGUUCAGACGCUAUAACAAUCAACUGGUACAUGGUGUUCGUAAAUAAGGCAAACCAGGUCGAGUUGUUAGACGCUAGUAACGCAGACAUCCAGUCUUACAGUGAAACAGAUACUACUGGAUGCAGCACUUGCAGUACUAAGUCGGCUGGUAAAGUGACUGUUGGGGUGACAUACAAAGCCCCUUCUUCAAAUGGAGAUGAAAUCAAACUUCAAGUGGAGAUAAUUCAUGCAGAUUAUACAGAUCAUCUUUACUACACCUUUGACCAGUCAUAUUACCUUCCUGUAACAACAACUCCACAUCCAGUGUGCGACUGCUGUUGCUGCGAUAACAGGCCGAAGAGAGAUGGUGCUUGUGGGACAGUCCUAGGGGUGUGCAUUUGCGUAAUGGCUGUGUUAGUGAUUUGUUUCUAUAAAGGCUUUUCUUCAAAACAUCUUGAAGGAAAAAUCUUCAAAUUGAUUUUGGCCAUUUUUUGCUUAAUUGCUGCAUUGACUGGGCUGAUUUUAAGUGCUAUCUGCCUGAGCAAAGAAUGUUGUUCUUGCAGUGGAGACAGUUGCCAAGCAAGGAAUUGCUUUAAAGGCGACACCAUUGCAGGAUUUGUUAUGACAGUGCUCAGUGUACUUGGAACAGUUAUAGUAAUCAUUCUGAUUUUCCUGAUUACUGGAGAAUCUGCAGGGAACAGACGGGAUCCUGAGAGGCCUUCCAGAGGGAACACCAGAGGUGCGGGAGUCAGUGUUCCAAACAAUCCACCAAACGACACACAUAGUGCUGGGUCAUUGGUUUCCAGGGCUGAUAUAUACCCUUCUCUUGAAAGUGACAGAACCUCUAACGCGCCAUUGAGAGCACAGCCUUUGCCCCCAGUUGGAGCGCAAGGACAUGGAAGAGGGCUGUCAGCUAAUUACAGGGAUGGAAUGGAUGACAUGCCAAUGGUGGGAGGUCAGAAGAAAAGUCUCCCGCCUAUAGAAGCGAACAGUGGAGAAGAUGCUGAGGUGAGGAAAAGGAAGAAGAAAAAGAAGAAGACCAAAGGCAAUGAUGAUAUGGAAUUAAGCAACAGAGGCGAUAAGAGUGACUAGACUAUAGCUAGUAUGGACAUGACUCAUACUUGCUGGAACAAUAAUUCAAUCUUAGUCUGCAUACUGUGAUAUUACUUCCAAUAAUCAUCUUAAACACAUAUAUUUAUAGAAAAAAGCGAUAUACAUGUAAUAAAAGAAAUAGAGUAACUGUAGCUUAUCAAAUUUCAACAUUUCACAGCUUUGAUUCAUAGUUAUAGGAAAUCUUUAAUAUUCAAAAUAUAUAUUUCAUUGAGAUAUUCUUAUUAAAACUGACUUGAUUCUUAAAAAGAACAUUUGAUACUGGCCUACAUAGUUGAACUCAAAUAGAUGUUGGUGACUAUUUUAAAGAUUAACGCAAAAUACCAAUUAUCAUUAUCAAAACGGGUUAUUCAAUUCAUAUAUGUAGUAUUCAGAGAUAAGUUAAAGCUCCAGCCUGCAUAAUAGGAUCUGUAAUUGUAUCCUCAUGACACUGCAUUGGCAAUUUUUAUGUUUGUAUUUGAGAUACUACAAGAGAUAAACUAUUUUUUAAUUCACAAACUAUUCUUAUUUGUAAGAGAAGAAUUUGUAAACUGAAAGAUUAUUUAAUUAUAUGCAGCUAUUAGCAAUCUUAGAUAAACAAGGUCAAGUCCAUGUAAGUUAUGUCAAAUGUAUGAUAUCUUAAACCCUGCAAGUUUGUGUGUCAAACUGAAAAUAUUUAUAACGUGAUAUUAAAGACAAUCAAAAAUGGUACAAGAGCUAUUAUGUUACUUCUUCAUUGAUCAUAUUACACUGGCAGUUUAUUUAUUCAUAUUUGUAAAACCUCUCCUAAAUACAUCUCAAGUACAAAACAUAAAAUGUGGAGUCAUUAUGUAGAACGUUUAUGUAUGGUGGCGUGAUUGUGUGGAAUUCCCCUAUUUAUUCCAUAACAGCAAGUUAUUGAUUCUAAGCUACUGAUGUAAUACCUGCAAUAUUCCCCUACAGAAUGUCUGAUAAGAUUGCUAUUGACAGAAGGAAGAGAUUAUUGGAAAAAUCAUUGUGAAUAUUACUUUUGUUGUCAUCUGGUUGUGAGUUUGGUAUCCAAGUGUAUAAUAUAUCAUCAAGUAUUUAUUUAUUUCCUAUACAGACAUCGGUGUAUUUGAUAUCAUGAUGAUGUAUAUCAAGAGCAUAAUAAUCAUUUUAAUCAUCCUAUUGUCUUAUAGUGCCUCAUGUCAUUUCUUUUGUUUGUACAUGUGAUGUUAUUUGUCAUUCAGAUCUAUCUAUAUUUUUAGCUAGUCCAGUUAUUGUCUAGCCUUGGGGUUGUUGUCGGCUGAAGCAUAGUCUGUUGUUCUGCAAAAUGUUCAAGAUAUUCAAAUGAAACUUGGUACACAUGUCGCCCUUAGACAGUAUGCAGCAAAGCUCAGAAAUCUGGUUUUAGUAAUUGUUGAGCUAUGCCCCUGUUUGAUUAAAAAAAAACAAUAUAAAAGUGUUUGCGGUCGCUCUGCGGUGUGGUUGUUAAACAUUGAUCAGUCUGAAAUGUUUCUGUAUCCGUCCACAUGAUCUAAGAGUUAUGUAUGCGCAUUUCUUGCUGUGCUUAAAAGUAUUACUUAGUUUUAGUUUUUUUAGAUUUUAUAUGCUAACAUUUUAUUUAAGAAUGAUAUAAUCAUUUACAUAUUUUGAUGUUUUGUGCCAUACGUAUGCUUAAGUCCUCAAGUUAUGUAUCAAGUCAUGUUUCAUAUUUCAAAUUAUUUUGAAAUCACAUUAUGUGCACUUUACUUAUGUGACUAUUGAGACUCGUUGUGAUUUAUGAUGAUGAUCUAUAGCUUUACUUGCAUCUAACCAAGAAUUCCAGCAAACAUGUAUUCAUAAACACUUUGUUAAUUCACAGAUGUAUCUACAGUUCUAUGAUUGUGUUGCUAAAUGUUGCUGUUUUGUUAAAAUGUUAAAAUUAUACAAAAACAUUUGUAUAGAUACGGAUUCCUAUAACCAAGAAAAUUGAGGAAAAUAAUGCCAGAUAAAAAUAUAUUAGUAUAAAAAGUAUGUAUAUAUACUAGAGUAUCUUUUUACAUUGUACAACAAUGGUUAGUGUUUUUCAAUUUAUGAAUGUGCUGUUUAAGUCCAAAAAACAUGUGCUUAUUGAGUGCCAUAGUUAUGUAUAACAAAUUGUGUAAUAUAAUAUCAUGUCUGUAUAUAAGUUGACAGUUGACAGUUUAAGUUUGUUAUUCGUGUUAAAGUUUAUUAUUUGCUAUAUAUGUUUUGAAUGUGUUAAAGGCCUUAAUGUUGGUUUAUAUCUUUACGAAAGGAACCAAAAACACGCUUUAUGAAAGCUGUAAUAAUUUUGCCAUAAACCACUGUGCUUCACUUAAAAAUGUUUUACAACAUGUUAAGUAUAUCGUAUAUCACUUAUAAAGUUUAAUAUUUCGUAAACAGCUGUGGUGAGCAAAAAUAAUAAUCUUCAAAUGCAAUAAAAGCAUUGUAGUAACCCUUUUUCUACCCAUCAUAAUUUUGCCUCAUCAGUAAGUGGUAAAAUAUAUGACAAUAUAGUUAAACAAAUUGUCUAUAUGAAUAUGUUUGUUAUUUCAAUAUUGUUGUAGGGAACCAGGAAUAGCAUGUAAUUAUGUGCCUUAUAAAUUGCUUACCAUUGAACUAAUUUUUGUUAAAAGGUAUUUAAGGUAUUCAAAAGGCGUCCUAGAUAUCAUUUAGGAAGUAUAAAUAAGGUUGAAUCGGGAAGAAAAUAUCUGUGCUCUUUAUCAGACUUACCUAUAUGAUAUGUCAUACGAUAUGCCACUGAAUAAUGUUUACCUAAAUAAUUGAAUGGCACUUGACGGCAAUUGAAAUAUUAUCAGCUUGUCGAAACCUUAUGUAUCUAAGAGCCAUAAAUAUUUACCCAGUAUCUUGACGAUAUGGAUAAUGCAAUGUUAACCCUUUUAAAUAGAAAAUAUGUUAAGCGUGGCCAUGAAAUGAAUGAUACUUUUAAGGUAACAAUUGAAACCAAUUGCAAUGUAAUAAACAUUAUCAUGUUUGUUAGACCUUCAACUGAUAUAAUUAUGGUAACCAAUAAUCAUAUGAUUCGGAAGUUUUAUCCAACAUUAAGUCACAAUUGAAUUGUAUAACUCAAUAACAAGCAUACAAUUUGUACUUGACAAAAGGACAAUGUCCUAUUUUUAUAAUGCUGUCAUAUCUGGUAUAAAAAUGCAUGUUUUAUAAUUAACAAAAUAUAUUUGUGUAGUUGUGCAUGGGUUUAACAGAAUGCCCUAUUGUUUUGUAAAUUGUAAGCGAAAAGAGAAAAGAGAUAUCAGUAUACUUGGUUAAGUUGCCCGAUUUAUUUUACUCAGGAAGUAAUAUGAUAUGUGAACAAUUUGUAGUAAAUAUCACAGUCAUUGUGAACUAUUGAAAUUCAAUAGCUUGUAGGAAUGUUAUGGGGAUUUCCCCUUGAUAAAAAGAGCCAAUAAGAAAAGCUCAUUCUGUGUGAAUAAUUUAUACCCCAUGCUUUGCCAGGUUUAUAUUCAGCAGGUUUAAUGCAUCUUUAAAGUGUUAUAUUAAUGUUCAAUGUUUGAAUACCUUAUCAUUGAUGUAUAGAGGUGAUCGUUUUCGGUACUUGUUGAGCAUGUAAUAAGCUCUUUAUCAAAAGACAUGAUGAAUCAAGUUUCUAUAUAGCUAUUCCUUCUGACCCUAAUACCAAAUAUGUACUUAUGUUUGUACGUUGUUUUUUACUGUCUCCAAUCUAUCAAAUGUAUGAUUCAUAUUCAUGGUGUGCUGUAAUUAGAGCCUUUCACUUCGUUGAAGUGUAUAGUUCCUGAUCUGAAAUGUUUUUAUUAAUCAAAAUAGCCUUUUUGUUAUGAAUCAAGGGUUGUGUUGAGUGCUACCAUGUUUGCUUUUAUUGUGUUAUAGUUACGUGAAUCUGUGUCAUUGCUUUAUGUAUUUGUUUAUUGCCUUGGGAGAGUACCUGCUCAAAGACAUAGAAACAUGAAGACAUCUUGAAUAGCAUUUAAUUUGAUUUAACAAUCAGAAUCGACAUGCUUUAAUAUAAAAUUAUAAUAUGCACAUGUGUAUAUGCAUUUAGUAUCUAGUUGAUCGAUUAAUUAUCUGAUUUAUGAAAUUAUGAUCUACUUGUCUGGUCUUCUGUUCAGCCAAUUGUUAAAUUUUAACUCAGAGGUUUACAUGUUUGCACUUCAAAGUGUGCACAUCGCAUAAGUAUCUAAAUAUCAAGGUGUUGGCUAUUACUUGUAUGUUUUUGAGUAAUUGGUUUGAAUAUUUGCAGUGCAGUUAGCCUUUUUAAAAUCAUUCCAGUAAACAUUACAUUGUUUGUAUAUGCAUUAAAUGCUUUUGUGUUAUUGUUAUGAAUGAUUCUUGAAUAAAAGUUUUCUUUA